AUGUCAUCAUCGCAAUUGCAAGUGAACAGAGAAUACCGAGGACUAGUUAAAGCAGCACUCAGCUCUGAUACGCUGGUUAUACGUGGUAAGCUGAGUGGAGAUGCCCAAGUCCCCGAGGAAGUUGUUCUCCGUUUAGACGGAUUACAAGGUCCACGUAUCGGUACAGUCAACAAGGAAGAUGAGCCAUUCGCUUUUGAAGCUCGUCAGUUCGUCAUUGACGUUGCGGUUGGGAAGGUCGUUGACUUCCGGCUGACCUCAGAUUCCCCAAGAUUUGGGAUUGUGAGUUUACCACAGGGCGAGUACUCGACCCAGGACCUGUCCACCCACAUACUCCGAAAUGGCUGGGCUAAGUUGCGCCAAAACAAUCCACACGCUGCCCUUAAUGUUAUCCAGGAACACUCCAAGCAGAAGCAAAGAGGCGUUUGGGGCGCCAGGCAGCCACUAACUGUCUCCCACGCUUCCCCCGCCGAUCUUCAAUCUUUUGUCGAUGCACACGCACGCAAAUCGUUCCCUGCCACAGUUGAGCACGUCCGCGACGGUCACACCCUCCGUAUUCGUCUUGGACUCUCUCCAAACUCCCACCAGUACCUCACUCUCGCUCUCGCUGGCCUUUCUUCUCCAAAGCCAGGCAGAGAAGACAUCGCCGAACCCGCACAGCAAUUCGGUCCUCUAUCUAAGCUCUACACUGAACUUAAGUGCUUGCAGAGAAAUGUUCGUGUCUCCCUCCUCGGCACUAACCCCUCGGCUACUAUUGUCCUCGGCUGCGUCACUCUCGACGACGGUUCUCCACUCGCAGAAUCAGUUCUCGCUAAUGGUUUUGCACGUUUUGCUGACUGGCACGCUCCCACUCUCGCUGCCCACGGCCCAUCCCUCUUACCUUCGCUUAAAGUGGCUGAGAAGUUUGCGCGCGAGAAGAGACUCAAUUUGUGGCAGUCUUAUCAGGAGCCAGCGCUGAUGAACAAGUCAGCAGCCGAUAUUGCAGCGAAUGGCCACAUUACCCACCCGCGCCAAUCGAAUGUCGUAGUGACGAGAGUGUGGUCAGGCGACCAGAUCUCUGUGUGUCCAAUCGACAAACAUGGCCGCGACGGUGCGGAGAAGCGUGUACAGAUUGCUUCUGUUAGACAACCACGCAGCAGCGAUGCCAAGUUGGCUUACUGGGCAAGUGAAGCGCGCGAAUUACUGAGGAAGAAACUCAUUGGCAAGCGCGUAGUAUACCAACAUGAUUACACUCGUCCUAAAGAGGAGAACUUUGAAGAACGCGAAGCUGCAACGAUCAGAGUCGGUCCUUCACACCAGUCGAUUGGGUUGUUGUUGGUUGAAAGAGGACUGGCAUCCGUAGUCAGACACCGUCGUGACGACGAUAGAUCACACGAGUAUGAUGCUCUCCUCGUCGCUGAACAGACCGCUGCGGCUGGCGGUAAGGGCCUCCACUCCAACAAACAUAUACCGCUGCCUAGAAUACCAGACGCAAGUGAAUCUGCUAGCAAAGCCCAGUCAUUCCUCCCACAGUGGAAACGCAGUGGCAGGAUCACUGGUGUGGCGGAAUACGUAGCCUCUGGCUCGAGAUUCAAGAUAUACAUACCAAAAGAUAACCAGAAGCUCACGCUCGUCUUGGCUGGUCUCAAGGCUCCUCGCACUGCACGCAACCCGUCGGAGAAGAACGAGGAAGGCGCCGUCGAAGCACUCGCGUACGCCACUCGAAACGUUAUGCAGCGAGAUGUAGAAGUAUCCAUCGAGAGUACAGACAAAGCGGGUGGGUUCAUCGGUACACUCUACGUCAACAAUGAGAAUUUUGGUGUGGGGUUGGUGAGACGAGGUUUAGCGAGUGUGCACGAGUACUCAGCUGAAGGACUUUCAUUUGCCGAUGAGCUGUUCGAAGCUGAGCAGCAAGCCCGCGACAGCCGUCUCGGAGUGUGGACCAACUACGAUCCAGUCGCUCAACAGGCAGCUGCAGAAGCUGAAGCUGAAACAGAAGCGCGGCAGAUGACGACCGAGGAUGAAGCGAGCGAUGGUAAUCUGAUUGAUAUUCUCAUCUCAGAUGUCAGAGCAUCACCUCAUUUCUCUUUCUCUGUCCAGCUCGUUGGCAGUGAGGACUCGCAAAAGUUUGAAAGAUUGAUGAAUGCUUUCUCAGCUCAUUACAACACCCUCACUUCGAACGAGCCAUUCUCGCCAAGCAACGGUAUCCUCGUCGCUGCACGUUUCAGUCAGGAUGGUCAGUGGUAUAGGGCGCGCGUGCGACGCUGCAGCCAUGUCCUCAAGACUGCCGAGGUUGUCUUCAUCGAUUACGGCAACAAUGAAACUGUUUCAUAUGGCGAAAUUAGGCCUCUCGACAACAAGUUUAAGACUAUGCCUCCACAGGCUAUCCCAGCUAAGCUCAGCUUCGUCAAUCUCCUCCCAAUUGACCACGAGUAUGGUCAGGAAUCUCUCGAUAGAUUCAAGGAGCUCUGCCAAGGUCGCAAUUUGGUAGCCAAAGUUGACGCUAAGGACGCAAAUGGAACGCUCCAUCUGCGUCUACUUGACCCCUCUGAUCCUGAUUCUGCAAUCUCUGCCGAAUACUGCAUCAACGCUGACCUCGUUGCUGAUGGCUUGGCACUCAUCGAUAAGAAAACUAGAUAUGCUGGCAAGUACCCAGAAAUGCAAUUCACUCUGCAAGAUGCUUUGCAAGCCGCUAAGAAUAACAGAGCUGGUGCGUUCGAGUAUGGUGAUAUCACUGAAGAUUAA